AUGCCGAAUCAACAACUGUCCCGGCUCAUUUCAUUGCAGCAAGAUGAUUUAUACCUUCUGGACCUCAACAAAACAACAUCGGUGAAGCUCAACUUGCCCUUUACAUUACCCCCGACCGAACCGGUCUGUAGUCUUCAUUGCCGUGGAAUCAUGUGUCUCACACUUGAAGGCAUUAAUGACCUAGCCAUUUGGAACCCGGGUUCAAAAGAAUUCAAGAGAAUACUGAUGCUUAAACCGGGUCAAACCACAAAUACUAUGGGAUUCGGCUAUGACCAAGUCUCUGAUGAUUAUAAGAUCGUGACUAUAAUUGAUCGCAAAACCUUUAUCUACCCUUUCAAAAAAACAAUCUUGAGAGAAAGCGUGCCACGAGAUACUUCUCUUGAUUGCAAAUUUAAAAACCCGACCGGUACAGUUGAGGACCAUUGUGUAUUGGAUAGCAGACCGGUCACACAUCAACAACCCUCGUACGGAAAACACCAUCCUAUGUUUGAUUUUGUCAACGAAGAGUACAAAGCUUUUUUAUUUUUAAAAAUUGGCUUUAUGACUAAACAUCUUACAGAAUUUAAAAGCUUUGAAGUUGUGUUUGCGUGCAUUGCAAGAAACAAUGAAGUCUUCAUAGUGGUGACAUAUACAAGAAAUGGAGACGAGAAGGUUAUGGCGUACAAUAAGACUCGAGAGAUGUUCACUAAAGUUCCAUUUGGUAGUUCUCUGAAAGGGUUUAGAUGUAUGAAUGAUUAUAUAUGUCAGUCAAGGACGUCUCAAAUUUAA